AUGCGCAUGCGUCAUUUGUUGGUUAGUUAUCAUUCAGCUGAAGUUACUCGAAACUCUGAUUCAAAAAUUUUGAAUAAAGAAUCAAAGUUAAAUUCGUUAUCACAAAGUGCAUAUGAAAAAAGCAUUCCAAAAGAAGAUACACACAAGUUGCCAACAACUAAUAAAAAGUCUGAAAAUAGUUCUGAGUCUGCAAAUUUUGAAUAUCAUAAAAAAGAGAAAGAUGAUAAAGCAUUACAGAAAGAAGGAAAACUUCCUCACAACAUUUCAAAAAAACAUAAAAAAACCGAAAUGCGCAUGCGUCAUUUGUUGGUUAGUUAUCAUUCAGCUGAAGUUACUCGAAACUCUGAUUCAAAAAUUUUGAAUAAAGAAUCAAAGUUAAAUUCAUUAUCACAAAGUGCAUAUGAAAAAAGCAUUCCAAAAGAAGAUACACACAAGUUGCCAACAACUAAUAAAAAGUCUGAAAAUAGUUCUGAGUCUGCAAAUUUUGAAUAUCAUAAAAAAGAGAAAGAUGAUAAAGCAUUACAGAAAGAAGGAAAACUUCCUCACAACAUUUCAAAAAAACAUAAAACUGCAGCCAGUGAAUUCAGUUCUUUAGAAGAAGCCCUUCCUUCAAUUUCUAUUAAGCAAGUAUCAUAUAUUGAUAUUGUAAAAUCUACAAAUAAUUUUAGUUCAGAGAAAAUUUUAGGUCAAGGAGGAUUUGGCAUAGUAUAUAAGGGAGAAUUAUGGAAAAUUCCUGUUGCCAUAAAGAGACUGAAACCACUGGCUACACUCAUUUGA